UCUCAACCAAAUCUUACAAUCUAUUCAAACACAUUAUCUUUUCAUUCUAUUUUCCAAACUUAUUUCAGUUUAACGCCAUUUUUCAAAAAUCCCUCCAAUAGAAGUCCCACUACUCCACUUCAUCUCCUCUUAACCACAAAACUAGGAGAUAUUUAGAACAGAACUCACAUAUCGAUGAACCAUCCGCCGCUCUGCUCCAUCAGCCGCGUGCAAGAAGUUCUUCCUCCCCUCUUCAAUUCAACUUCUCUUGAUCCACCACCACUCUUCGAUGGAACCACUAGGUUAUACGUGUUUUACGAGUGCCCCUUUUGCCAGCGUGUGUGGAUUGUCAGGAACUACAAUGUUGAAGCUUGGAAAUGGAUUGCAAUACGACAAGUCGAUGAAGAUGAAGAGCUUGGUUUAUCUUCAAGACACAUAAUAGAUUUUUGGCACCUUAGUUAUUUAAAUGUUUUGGAAUGUUUGCAAUUGACAUAUUAUUUUGAUUUUAUGUAAUAUUAUUUGAUAAAAUUUCUAUGUUAUAAUUGUGUUAGAUGCA